CCCCCACCCCGUCCCCCGCCAUGCCCAUUGUUGCUGGGAAGCUCCGUCGCGCAGACAUACACCCCCGCGGGCGCGCCUUGAAGCUCUGGGAGAGGCAGCGGCGCAAGAACGUCCACUGGCUGAUGGAGUGUUUCGCCGAAGCACUCGGCGUCUUCUUCUACGUCUUCGCUGGUGUCGGAUCGCAGGCAGGCUUCGUCCUCGGCGGCCUCACCGACCAAGCCGGCGUCUCCUCGAUCCUCCAAGUCGGCUUUGCCUACUCCAUCGGCAUCGUCCUCGCCCUGGUCGUCUGCGCCCCGACCUCCGGCGGCCACUUCAACCCCGCCAUGACCAUCACCGCCGCCGUCUUCCGCGGCUUCCCCUGGAAGAAGGUCCCUCGCUACAUCAUCUCCCAGAUCCUCGGCGGCUACAUCGCCUGCCUGAUCAUCUACGUCCAGUACCGCGCGCAGAUCCAGGAAGUCUCCGCGGCGCUGCUCGCCAAGGGCGCGCUCGACGCGGUCAACUUCACGCCCGCCGGGCCCGCGGGCAUCUUCGGCAUGUACGUCGCGCCCGGCAGCAACCUCGGCUCCGUCUUCCUCAACGAGUUCGUCUGCGACUUUGUGAUCGGCAUCACCAUCUGGACGUGCCUCGACCCGACCAACUUCCUCGCGCCGCCCGCCGCCAUCCCGUGGAUCAUCGCGCUCGCCUACGGCGUCUGCAUCUGGGGCUACGCGCCCGUCGGCCUCGCGGCGAACACCGCGCGCGACAUGGGCGGCCGCCUGCUCGUGCUCACGAUCUGGGGCACCAAAGCCGCGGGCGGGCGCUACGCGGCCAUCGCCGCGCUCACCAACAUCCCCAGCACGCUCUUCGCCGCCGCCGUCUACGAGCUCUUCCUCGCCGACUCGAACCGCAUCGUGCCGGACGCGCACAGGGAGUUUGUCGAGUGCCACAUGGCGCACCACGCCGAGGAGGACGACGACGACGACGAGCUCGUGCGCCGGCGGCGCUCCGCGUCGUCCUCGUCCGGCGUGGACGUAAAGGAGGUCACGGAGCUCAACCCAUGA